GGUGACGUUAAAACUUGAUUGAAGCCAGGCCUGUCAUGAAAACUGAGUGUGUAGAAAGUAGCCGAAUGUUACAAAAGUAAGGGUAGUCUGGCAUAGUUCUGUUUUAUCCGGAAGAUCUUUUUCUGCGCCAGUGUGUAGUUCCGGAAGACGUGGCGGCUACUGCUACUGCAUUUGUAAUGCAGUUACCUAAUUUGCCAGAUUCACUGAGAAGUUCUUGCGGUUCAUGAGACAGUAAAGCUAAGACUAUUCAAAGAUGAUAUCGCUAACGGAUUCACAGAAAAUAGGCAUUGGCCUAACAGGGUUUGGAGUUUUUUUCCUGUUGUUUGGAAUGAUCCUGUUUUUUGAUAAAGCCCUCUUAGCCAUCGGAAAUAUUCUUUUUGUGGUAGGUCUGGCAUUUGUCAUUGGUCUCGAGAGGACCUUCAGGUUCUUCUUUCAGAAGCACAAGAUGAAGGCCACCUGUUUCUUCCUCGGUGGUGUGUUGAUCGUUCUGAUCGGCUGGCCCAUUGUUGGGGUUUGCCUCGAGUUCUAUGGCUUCUUCCUGCUUUUCAGGGGCUUUUUCCCAGUAGUCAUAGGCUUCAUCAGGAGGAUACCCAUCCUGGGGUCUUUACUUAACCUCCCCUUCAUCAGUGGGUUUGUGGACAAAGCGAGCGAAAGCAACAAUAUGGUGUAGUCACUAGAGACUGUUUCAGCUGACACUAUUUAUGGCAGUUACCCAAAGCGACUAUGUUUUUUUUUAAAUCCCUCUACUAGUCAAGUCAAAGUCCAAAGGUCAUGCGAUGAAGUUUCAUUCAUUCUCAGACUGUUUCCCUCCUCUUUGGGAGGAACAGGAGAGCGCGAGAGAGAAAGUAUUUUGCAACACCCCCCCCCCCCCACACACACACGCACACUCACUCACGCACGCACACACACACACACACACCACUCGUCCUGCCGUGGCAACCAGCGGCCGCCAAAGUCUGUUACCUUUGGGUGGGUGGAGCUUCCAGCACUCAGGUGUGCCCCCUGUACCCAAACCCCUGCUGCCAUUGGACACUGUUGAUGAUGAUGGACUCACUCCACCCACCACUUCACCUCACGCCACUCCCCCCUCAGUGCAGGGGGAUUUCUUGAAUGUACAGUGGAAUGCCUCCUCCAUCUUCUCCUUUUCAUCCCCCUUUCACUGGAAGAGGAGAGUUGGGGAUCCUGUUACGGCCUAAGGCCUAAGCCUUCCCAUUGUGCCUGUGGUCUGACCUCCGUCUGAUGGGGGUGUCAAUCUCAGCCAUAAAUUUAACAAUGUGUUACAUUUUUAUUUUAUUAUUAUUUUAUUUUAUUUGGGUCUUAUCAGUACCUGGAAUGACAGACCGGGUGCUGGGCCUAGUCUAAGGUUAAACUGCAGAAACGGUCAUUUGCUUUAUAGGAUUGUCUAGCAAUUGUUAAAGUUUAUUUUAUUUUUUUGGUUGGAUUUGUGUUUUCCAAACAUGCUUGACUCCAAAAGGCCUUUGAAAUAUGAAAAAAGGGUAAAGGUUGACGUUCUUGUGAAUGGUUAAAUGUGCAGUUUUUCUUUGUUUUUUUGUUUUGUUCAUCUGUUACUUUUGUAAAUACAGUUUUAAAAAAACAUGUGCUCUGUCUUUUUUUUGUGUGAACUGGCUAUGACAUCAAGUCCCAUCUUUGUAGAUUUGUAUGUAACUAAGCGUUCUUUAUUAUAAUUAUUAUUUUAAAUCAUU